AUGCUCUCCAAUGCCUGGGUAGAUCACCUGUUGAGCGACAAGAUACGAAGACAGACUCUUUUCGGUGAUCUCGCCAAGAUCAUGAUUUCUGUUAAUCGCGUCAAAUUACCGCAAAUCGGAUCCUUAACAUUGGAUGACAAUGGCCUGAUUGAAUUAAAAGGUCGACCGCUAACAUUACGACUCCAAAGUUUCGAAAAUGAAGGCAUCCCCACGAUACCAAGAAAUUGUACGUACCAGUCUGUGGAGCCAUACAUUUUGGAUCUUUUGCAGCUACACGACAACCGCAUUCAUCACCAGCUCAAUGCUAUUCAUAAUCUGAACGAUGGCCAGAACCAACUUGCGGCUUUGACCAUGAUGCGUGGUCUCCUACAUCAAUUCAUUUCCCGUCAAUAUCGUAAUGGGCCAUUUGUGCUUACACUCACUGAUCUCCACGCAAGUAAUAUCUUCGUUGAUGAAGACUGGCAUAUCACGUCCCUGAUUGACCUGGAAUGGGCAUGCUCUCUUCCUAUUGAGUUGCAAAUGCCACCUUACUGGUUAACUGGCCGGCCUAUUGAUGAUAUUGAACACGGAGAACAUCUCGACACUUUUCGAGAAGUCAUGACUGAAUUCAUAAAUGCUUUUGAGGAACAAGAAAAGAAGGUUCGGGCUUCCGAUGUCUCUCAGGCUGAGAUCAUGCGAAAAUUCUGGGACAGGGGUAGCUUCUGGUACUUUCAAGCUGUCAAUAGCCCGAAAGGUCUCCUUCGGGUAUUCAAUGAGCAUAUCCAACGUAUUUUUUCUGAGGAGCAUUGCGCACAACGAUUGUUUUAUCGGACUGUCAGCCCAUACUGGUCUGUCGGGGCUGAAGAGUUUAUUCAAAUGAAGAUGGAGCAAGAGACAGAGUAUAAGGAUCGACUGAGGGAGAGGUUCGGUGAAUUCCAAAUUGAUGACUCCUCGUGA